GACCAAUUGACCUAAAUUAUCUUCAUCAUUCCACUGCUCCAUAUCUCUCUUAGUCUCUCCUAGUUCAUCGUGGUUGUCUUCGGAAAAUCAAUUGAGUCUUUACUAUGUCCAACCAACCUACUAUCAGUCAUGCAACUCGCGAAGAUACACCUCAUAUCCUAAGUUUGAUCCGUGCUCUCGCCGACUACGAGAAGGCCCUAUCAUCAUGCCAUGCGACAGAAGAGUCUCUGGCAUCCACUUUGUGCUUUGCUCCUGCCCGAGGCGAACCUCCAUCUGGCCCUGGUUAUGCCAAGGUACUAUUGAUCCGUACACCCAGCGAUGAAGUGGCUGGUAUGGGACUAUACUUCAACAACUAUUCUACCUGGUGGGCAGCACCUGGAGUCUACCUUGAAGACCUCUUUGUGCUUCCUGAACAUCGCAACAAGGGAUAUGGGAAACUACUCAUCGGAGCUUUGGCAAAGGAAGUGAAGAGAAUUGGUGGUAAGAGACUCGAAUGGUGCUGCUUGAAGUGGAACAAGCCAUCAUUGGACUUUUACAAGAUGCUGGGAGCUGAGCAGAUGGAGGAUUGGGUCACGUUGAGAGCAGAUGGAGAGGCCUUGGACAGACUGGCUGGCUCUGCCGAGAAGGUAGCCAAGGUGCAAGUCGAGAGCAAAUAAGGAGAUGUAGUUGGUGGUCCGCAAUGAAUGACGACGCUGGGAACAAACGGCUUCCAUCCUCCAGCAUAAAACAACAAUUAGACUGCCUCAAAGCAUAAUAUUAUAUGGCCUGCUUACUACGUCCACUGAGAGCGCUGUAAGCUGACUAUGUCUCAACACCACUGCGCAACAUUCGAGAUUACUCUACAAGCACGCAGUCACACCCAGGCCGAUUGCAGGAGUGUGGAAAUGAGGAUUUGUGGUGUUCAUGCACCUGUGUCAAAAACACUACACCAGUGCGAAUAUGCGAGCAAACCAUACCACACCUUGCAAGCGAUUGACCAGUAUAUACGACUUGCCACUGGUCCGUACGAAAUCAAAAUAUACCACAUGUUGUCGACGUG